AUGCCAUCAUUAUUCAACCGAACCCCCGUCGAAGUUCGACAAAAAACCGAAAUCGAUCUUCUCAGAAGAAAAGUCACUGCACUAGAAAAGGAAAUUUCGGCAGAGAAGAAAAAUGUAGCUAGUUAUGUGAAGUCUGAGAAAGAUACUCUUGCAACCUGGCGGAAACAUGUGGAGAAUUUAUUUAGGGGUCUGAGAGAGGAUUAUGCGAAUCUACAAGAGAGUCUGGAGAGAACGGAAGCCAAUUAUAGGAAUAAGAUGGGAUCGCCUAGGUAUGAAAAGGGGGGAUUUGAAAAUAGUGGGGUGGGUAGAGAUGAUAACCGGGAUUUGAGUGAUUGUAGAGCUCAGAGGAAUGAGUUUAGUAGAGAAAGUAAUCGGGGUCAAGGUACUUAUGGAGGGCAGAGAAAUGAGGGGAGGAAGACGGGAGGGGUCAAAAGUUCUCCGACAAAGGAGGAGGAAGUCCGUGGAAGUCAAGGAUCGAAGGGAGUUUGGGAAAGAAGUGGUCCAGGAGAUGGGAAUGAUUUGGAAAACAGCUGGGGACAAGGAGAUCAAACAGAAACAGUUGAAUCGGAGGCUCAAGAAGAUCAGGGAUUUGGGAAUGGAGGAUCUGAAGAAAUUAAAGCGGACCAAGGUUGGGGAGGCGGGGGAGAUGAAUAG